ACCAAACCAUGCCGCGACCAGACAUCACGAACCCAGACUACAUAAAGUUCUUCGUAGAGACCUGUGAAAAGACAGCAAGGCUCCGGCAGAAAUGGAAUACGAUACACCAGAAGCAACUCCAGCAAGCCGCAGUUCUUACCAGACCUGACAAGAACCUUACUGACAUCGACGUUAUUAAGCAUAAUAUGAUUGGCGGAUUAGCUGCUACCACACGCGACUUCGUAUCGUCAGGAUAUAAUCGAUACCGCACACCAAUCCGCGACGCCAAAACCGUCCCCGGGAUAGAAUCUUUGAGGAAAGAACACUCAAUACCGGCCAUAGGGCUCGGGGAUCCGAAGGAAGACCCGAGACUCGGCCGGCCGGACACGGAUCCGAAUCCGGAUCCGAUUAUGAAGCCGGUCAAUCCGGCGCAUACGGAGAUUUUGUUUAAACCGAAACCGUUCUUUGGGCGAUUGGUGUAUAUUAAGAAUAGGGAGAAGAUUAAACCAGAGGACAGAUAUUAUUUCGCCGAAACAAGCGGUUGGGACUAUGGCUGGCGUCUCAAGGACACGCCGUUCGGCCGUGCCGCGCCGCCGCAGCACGGCAAGGUGAACCGUCUGUUCCGCGAUCAGAUGAGCUGCGUCGGCCCGCAGCCGGACCCCUACUAUUAUACGGAGCCGGUGAAAAGUAUGAUGGGGCCUUGUGGUGCCUGA